GUAUGCACCUUAAAGUUGUCUGCAAACCGUCCAUAUAUCCAGAGAAGAAGACGAAGCGGAUCUUUGUUCCGACACACAGCGUGUUUGCAACGUUACAGCCAUAAGGACGUUUAGCUUCGAAAGGACUUCUACCCGGUACUGUCGGCUCCUCGCGUCGACAUGGUGAAAUUAUCAGCAGAGUUAAUUGAGCAGGCGGCUCAAUAUACAAACCCCGUGAGAGACAGAGAGCUGGAUUUACGAGGUUAUAAAAUCCCGGUGCUUGAAAAUCUUGGAGCUACUCUGGACCAGUUUGACACGGUUGACUUCUCUGAUAAUGAAGUCAGAAAACUGGAUGGCUUUCCUCUGCUCAAAAGACUGAAGACAUUGCUAGUGAACAACAAUAGGAUUUGUCGAAUAGGUGAGAACCUGGAGCAAUCUCUGCCAAGCCUGACAGAAUUGGUUCUUACAAACAACAACAUCCAGGAGCUGGGUGACUUGGACCCCCUGGCCACAGUGAAGACACUGACCCUCCUCAGCUUGUUAAGGAAUCCAGUGACCAACAAGAAGCAUUACAGGCUCUAUGUCAUCAGCAAAAUCCCACAGAUCCGUGUGCUAGACUUCCAGAAGGUCAAGCUGAAGGAACGUCAAGAGGCAGAGAAAAUGUUCAAGGGCAAACGAGGUGCUCAACUUGCAAAGGAUAUUGCCAAGCGAACCAAAACGUUCACUCCUGGAGGGGCCGCACAGCUGGAGAAGAAGAAGAGCGGGCCGUCUCAGGCUGAUGUGGAAGCCAUCAAGAAUGCCAUCGCUAAUGCUUCCUCAUUGGCAGAGGUGGAGAGGCUGAAAGGGAUGCUGCAGGCCGGUCAGAUACCAGGACGAGAUCCCAGACAAGCUGGGACGGUGGAGGAGGUGGAGGAAGAAGAGGAGGAAGAGGGUGAGGGUGAAACCGCGCAGAUGGAGUCACACACGGAUGGAGGUUCUGGAGAAGAGAUGAAUGAUGAAGUGGAGCGAGUGGAGGAUGAGGAGGACAUGGAGGAAGAGCCUCCUGUUAAUGGCUCCUGAGCACCUGUUGUUUUUUUGUUUUUUUUGUAGAUUUCCGUGUGUCGACAUGCACCACUGCAGUUUUAUUUUGUAAACAGACCUAUUAAACUGAUUGCAUAUA